UGGGCAUCAAGGACUUACGUGAGGGGGGAAACAGUCACAGUGCUCUCCAUGACUCGGAGUUUCAUGUGUGGCAUGGAGGAGUUUCUGACAUCAGGCAGCCAGUACAUGUGGCGCCUGGCAGAGCAGACCUUCAGGAGAUGGUACUUCCAGGGGCUCACACCAUAUCGACGCUUUUUUGAGAAUUGGCGCAGGCUGGGAGAGUGUUAUCAGAUGACAGAGGGCCGACUCUGCCAGGUGCACCUCCUGGACGACAGGAAGCUGGAGCUGCUGGUCCAGCCCAAGCUCUUGUCCCGGGAUCUGUUGGAUUUGGUGUCGUCACAUUUUAACCUGAAGGAAAAGGAGUAUUUUGGAAUAUCCUUUAUUGAUGACACUGGUCAAAAGAACUGGCUCCAACUGGACCGAAGGGUCCUGGAUCAUGACUUUUCUAAGAAGACCGGUCCCUUACAGCUCAAGUUCCUAGUCAGGUUUUACAUUGAGAAGAUCUCAUUCUUGAAAGAGAAUACAACAGUGGAGCUGUUCUUUCUUAAUGCAAAAUCAUCUGUCUACAAUGAGACAGUCGAAGUGGAAAGUGAAAAUGUUUUCAAGUUAGCCGCAUACGCGUUGCAAGAAGCAAAAGGAGACUACACAAGUGUUGAAACAACCAGAUCUGACCUGAAGCAGCUCCCUGUUCUACCCACUAGAGUCCUGAGGGAGCACCCUUCUCUGGCUUACUGUGAAGACCGAGUGGUGGAGCGUUACACCAAGCUGAAGGGCCUGAGCCGAGGACAGGCCAUCGUGCGGUAUUUGGCCUUAGUCCAGUCCCUACCUACGUACGGAGUUCACUAUUACUCAGUGAAGGACAAGACAGGCAUACCGUGGUGGCUGGGAGUCAGCUACAAAGGCAUCGGCCAGUACGAUUUACAGGACAAGCUCAAACCUCGGAAGUUGUUCCAGUGGAAGCAGCUAGAGAAUUUGUAUUUCCGUGAGAAGAAAUUUGCAGUGGAGGAGAACAACCCACACAGAAGGCCAGUGAGCAGACGGACGUUGGGGCAGACAGGACUGGUCAUCCACUCGUGGUAUGCCAGCCACUCUCUGAUUAAAACCAUCUGGGUGAUGGCUAUCAGUCAGCACCAGUUCUAUUUGGACAGGAAGCAGAGCAAAUCCAAGAUUACCACAGCCAAAAGUUUAGGAGACAUCGCCAUGGAUUUGACAGAGAUAAGUGCUCCCCGGAUCAGUAAGCUGUCCAGUAUGGAGAGCAAAGACAGGCUCAUCAUGGCCAGCAGUGGGAGCCUCGUCUCAGCAGGUUCGGUAGACUCUGAAGUCAGCGAGGAGCAGAAGAAAGAGAAGAUCGCUGACCUGAAGAAGAAGGAGAAGGACAUGCAGGACGCCCUGACUCAGAAACUGGAGGAGCUGAAAAAGAUCUGCAUGAGAGAAGCUGAGCUGACCGGCAGACUACCUAAGGAGUACCCCUUGGCUUCAGGUGAGAAGCUCCCAGCCGUCAGGCGACGUAUGGGAACAACCUUCAAGCUGGACGACCUUCACCCCAACGAAAAGGACCCCCAUCUGAGGAACCUGGAGAGCAGGUUUGCUCUGCAGCAGAAAAUCGUGGAGGCCGCCAUGAAGCUGGCCAACGAGGCAGAGCUCGCCAAAACAGUCAAGAAGAAGAGGAAGAACAACUGCCUGGAUGCAAUGAGGAAGCUGCAGGACAUCGAAGACGAGAUAAACGCCUACAGAGUCCAGACUGGCAGGAAGCCCACUCAGAGAGCAUCACUGAUCAUACCAGACGAUGUGAACCCUGCAGAGCUCAGCUCGCUGUCUGACAGCCUCAACCCAGAAGAGGACGACGACCAGGGGCCUCAGAGGCAGCGCUCGCCCUCAGUGCAGUACUCCCCUCGUGCCCACCACGCUGACACCCUGGGCCUUUACUACCAAGCAGACAGACGGGCAUCCGCCAACGACCAGCAUCCAGACCUCAGCCCCAGUAGCAGAUUACAUUAUGACCAAGUCCAGGAAUCGUUCCACUUGAAUCACCAAGACGCCCCGUUGAGCCAGCGCGGCCAUUACAGGCCUGCCUCCAGACAGCCGCACCAUGACACCCGCAGCAUGCCCCCCACCCCGCUCCUCACCCGCAACGCCCACAGCAGCAUCCAGCUCAGGUCGGAAGACGGCCCGCAGCACUUCCGCCAGCGCAGCGGCAGCCUGGAGUCCCAGUUCCUGCCGGAGGUGGAGGCCCCGGCCUUCACCAUCGCCCCGGCCCCGGCCUUCACCAUCGCCCCGGCGCGCCGCAGCACCAGCACAGAGGUCCUCGACGACGGCUCCUCCUACACCAGCCAGUCCAGCGUCGAGUACGCCAUCCCCGGCAACCACAGCCGGCACCCGAGGGACCGCCGGCGCCACAGGAAGGGCAACAUGUACGGCAAUACGGGCAGCAUGCCCAACCUCGCACAGACGGACGCCCGCGGGUACGCGUAUCAGCCCCGGGCGAGGCCUACCACCACAGCCUACUACGUGACCGGCUACCCCACCUACCCAGACCAGGAGCCGUACUCCCACAGAGCCUACAUGUACGAGGACGAGCAGGAGGGCCACUAUAACGUCAACCCCUCCUACCACCAGGCCCCCGCCUACCACGCCCAGGACGUGUACAGUCGCUACGGCAGCGACGAGAUGGACAGUAUGACGCAGCACCCCUACGCCACCCUGCGUCCGGCGCCCAGGGCCCACGUGGCGCCCCGGAACGAGUACGCCCCCAAGAACAUCCAGAAGGCCCUGGUGGCGGAGCACCUGAGAGGCUGGUACCAGCGCAACACGGGCCACAAGCAGGCAGGCUACGACUACGACGGGGGCUCCCAGCACAGCCUGGGCUACCAGACCAUGCCAGCCCCCUACAGCCACAGCAGCAGGACCACCUCCUUCUCCUCAGUGUCGUCGGCCUCCACGGCAGGACCCUGGCGAGGACACCCAGGUGGGGGCAUGUCGGAGUACGACGUGCCCGUGCAGCAGCCCUGCUCCUACAGCACCGCUCACUACAACCUCACACCCGCCCACAGCAGAUACGGCCCCCCCGUGCUCUCUAAGGGCCCGUGGUGCAGCCCCGACGGCCAGAGGCAGCGGGCCUUUGUCCCUGCUAGUUCUUCCUCCUCCGCUUCCUCCUCCACCUCCUCCCUGCUCUCCUCCUCCUUCCCCUCCUCCUCCUCCUCCCCUGGCUGGCGGGCCGGCCGGCUGGCCUGCAGUCCCCAGCAGCCCCACGGCUCCAGAGCCUCGAGGCUCAGUAAGGUCUCCUUUGCUAAGUGUAGCCCACCAUAAUCCUAUGUAGAUGUCAAUCAAAUGGACCCCCACAUCAACAGUUCAUUGAACAGUACCUUGGACCCAGAAGACCCAAUGAUUUACUGGCAUGAGAAUUCCAAACCCGGAACAAUAGUCUAGCGGACAUGUCAUGCACUUCCACAUUGUGAAGGUGUCAUGUGCCUUAGACUGCACUUACCCGUUUUUCUGGAAGAAGGAAUUCAAAGAAUCAACAAACUACUACAAUGGAACACAACCAGUAGGGAAACUGUAGGUUCAGUUUCUGAAUGAGUUCCUUGCCAAACAAAUUGCCAAAGCGAACUAGAAAUAUCCGCACAGUGUACUGUUUGUCCUCUGAAAACAAACCUGGGCAUCUGAUUGCCAUAUUUUGGGUUAGUGUGGUAAUGGCACUUGUGUUGCACACUGAGCUUACCCCUGAAGUAGGGUGCUAUGGUAUGGAGUCUGUGGUGAUGGAAGCUCCCAUAACCAUCCUUCUCACCUUGGAACUAAGACAAGACCUCAGUAUUUCAUUACAACACUACUGUGGGAGACUGCAAACAUUUGGACGAUUCCAGUCUGAAAACUGGGGACUAUGAAAAUGACUCUUUCAGUAUGACAAAUGAUAACCUACCCACAGAAUCAUCACUGUGACUAUGAAGAAUGUGUUAAUAUUGACACAAUUAAAUAUUGAAAUGAAGGACUUAACUCGUCUAACUUGUGAGGAUGGCCACCUUAACACCCUCAAGUCAUUUGCACCAGCUAUUUACCAAGUCUGGAACCCUAUUAUCCUCAGUAAUUAGAAUACUGGAUCUUCAUUACCAAAUCCCUCAUAGUGUAACUAUUUAAUUAUAGCCCAAAACACAUUGUCUUUUCCACUCAAUUUAUCGAAACUCUUUGAUAUAAUUGAUGGUUGUGUUAACCCUUGAUGGCUUCAUCACAUGGUUCAUUGCAGUGAAACAGAGUUCCAGUAGAAAAAGAGUAUUACAUUCCAUGCUGGCAUCCAUGGACCGGUGCUCUCCAUUCCUUUUAUGAGAAGGAAUUUGUAUGUACAUGUUGAUAAUGUGAAUAAAUUGUGGUUCUGUAUUUUAGGAGCCUUUUUAUGUAUUUGAAGAAGCAUGUAAUAUAUAGUAAACAAUCACAUUUGUUAAGCUGGUUCUUAGUAAUUUGUACAAUUGCGAUCUGUUGGAAUAAAAAAAAAAAAAACAUUUCAAACA